CACCACUCACUCAUCUCCUCUCUCUUCAUCUCUCUACAUUCAUUUCAUAUCCCACCCACCUUCCAUCCGCACCUUUCGCCACCGUCCCGCCACCCAACUUCUCUCUACUUUAUUCUCCCCUUCCUCCGCCCUGAUCUCACUUGCCAACUCUCUCUCAACUCUUCUUUCACUUUCUCAGCUGAAAUCACCCUACUCUUUUGCUGCCUUGAUUUCUCAUUUCCUCCUUUUAUCCCCUCCGAAUCACCUUCCUCCUUUGCCGAAUUCACUCCAUGUGCUCUGCUUGUUCUGGAAUUACGAGGAUGUACGCGCUCAAUCCGGAUUUAUGAUUCCGUACAGAUUGAUUUGGUAAAGCUAGGUUGAUUUGCUGCUCCUGAUCUGCGCUCUACCUGAAUUCGCGUGCUUCAAUUUCAGUAAUUAGCUGCCAUGGAAGCCGGAAUCGGCGGCGAAGCUCAGCUCUAUUACGGAAUUUCGUCCGAUUUGCGCGCGGUGAGUAAGCGGAGCUUGGAAUGGGAUCCAAGCGAGUGGAGAUGGGAUGGAGACCUCUUCAUUGCUACGCCGCUCAACGGCGCCGCCUCUAAUUAUCAGAGCAAGCAGCUUUUCCCCCUCGAGACUGGAAUUUCCGCAACUCGAGCUUCCUCCAACACUUCCUCGUCGUAUUCGGACGAAUUGCAGCGAGAUACUAGGGAUUUGGAGAAGAAGAGACGAGCUGAUGCGGUCGAGAACAGUAACUUGGCCGAUUUGACUCUGGACCUCGGCGGCCGCGGUUUCGCGACGGCCGGGAAUGGGGAAGCAACUGCGGGGAAGAAGACGAAGUUAGCUGGAGCUGUCUGUCAGGUUGAGGACUGCGGCGCCGAUUUGAGUAAGGCUAAAGAUUAUCAUAGACGGCAUAAAGUCUGCCAGAUGCACUCCAAGGCUAGCAAGGCACUCGUGGGGAAUCAAAUGCAGCGUUUCUGCCAGCAGUGCAGCAGGUUUCAUGCACUCCAAGAGUUUGACGAGGGAAAGAGAAGUUGUCGCCGGCGCUUGGCUGGCCACAAUAAGAGGAGGAGGAAAACACAAACUGACAAUAUCAGUAAUACCAAUCCUGUGGAUAACAACCAGACGAGCAGUUACUUGUUGAUGAGCAUACUGAAGAUCCUAUCCAGCAUGCACUCUAAUAGGUCGAACCACAGAGAUGAUCAGGAUCUCCUGUCUCAUCUUCUUCAAGGUCUUGCCAGUCAGGGAUCCCUCCACUGGGAAAGAAACAUAUCUGCACAUCUCCAAGAGUCUCCAGAUUUGUUGAAUAAUUUGGCUUCAUUUGGAAAGUCCAAGUUAGUAUCUAUGUUGUCAAAUGGCUCUCCAGGGCAAACAUCUAGAGAAGAUCAUUGCAGAACACUUGGUGAUGAAUUGCCAAAGAAAAAUGUCGAAUUACAUGCCACAUCUCAGGGGCCAGGCAUUGUUCUGCACACAGAAGCUGGUUCUCAGUACGUUCAAGGGCUGGAGACUUCUGGUGGAGGAUGCAAACUAAAUAAUUUUGAUUUGAAUGACAUUUAUGUUGAUUCGGAUGAUGGAACGGAUGAUAUGGAAAGAUCAACCGCUCCACAGGGUCUAGGUGUCGUUACUGUUGGGUGCCCUUCAUGGGUGCAGCAAGAAUCGCAUCAAUCAAGUCCUCCUCAGACUAGCGGAAAUUCGGACUCUGCAUCUGCUCAGUCCCCAUCCAGUUCCAGUGGGGAGGCUCAGAGCCACACAGAUCGCAUUGUGUUCAAGCUAUUUGGGAAAGAACCUAGUGACUUUCCCAUUGUUUUGCGAUCACAGAUUUUUGAUUGGUUAUCCAACAGUCCUUCUGAUAUAGAGAGCUACAUCAGACCAGGUUGUGUCAUUUUAACUAUAUAUCUUCGCCAAUCCGAGUCUGCAUGGGAAGAGCUCUAUUGUGACCUGAGCUCGAGUCUGAGUAGGCUGCUGAAUUUCUCCGAUGAUGUCAAUUUUUGGAGUACUGGAUGGAUCUAUGCAAGGGUGCAGAACCAGAUGGCAUUUGUCCAAAAUGGUCAGGUAGUUCUCAAUACAUCUUUGCCUCUUGCGACUCAUAGCUUUAGCUCAAUUCUGAGCAUCAAACCCAUUGCUGUGGUAUCAUCUGGGCAAGCCCAAUUCAACGUCAAAGGCUUCAACUUAUCCCGACCUUCCUCUAGGUUACUCUGUGCACUGGAAGGAAACUAUCUGGAAACUGAUUGUGAGUCGAUGGAACAUGUUGAUUCACUUGAACAUGUUCAAUGUCUUAAGUUUUCUUGUUCGAUUCCCUCUGUUACUGGAAGAGGCUUUAUAGAGGUCGAAGAUCAUGGAGUUAGUAGCAGCUACUAUCCCUUCAUAAUUGCUGAGGAAAAUGUUUGUGCUGAGAUUCGUAUGCUAGAGAAAGAGAUAGAACUGAUAGAAGAAGACCAUUUACAGAGAGGAAUGGGGAGAAUUACUGCAAGAAGCCAAGCCAUGGAGUUUAUACAUGAAAUGGGGUGGCUUCUCCACAAAUAUCAGUUGAAGUCCCGGUAUGGAAAUGAAGAGUCUAACUUGGAAUUUUUCCCUUUUGAACGGUUCAAGUGUCUUGUGGAGUUCUCAAUGGAGCGUGAAUGGUGUUCUGUCGUAAAUAAGCUCCUGGAGAUCUUAUUUUCUGGAACAGUGAGUGGCGAAGAGAAACCUUUCUUGAAGUUUGCCAUGUCUGAAAUGAGUCUGCUCCACCGAGCUGUGCGGAAAAAUUCAAGAUCUCUAGUGGCGAUGCUGUUGAGAUAUGUUCCAGAAAAAAUAGCAGAUGAGCUGAGUUCGGAGUACGGAUCCCUAGUUGGCGGUUAUUUGUUUAGACCCGAUGUUGCUGGACCUGGUGGUCUGACACCUCUUCAUGUAGCAGCUGGUAGGGAUGGAUCUGAGGAUAUAUUGGAUGCUUUGACCGAUGAUCCUGGAAAGGUGGGAAUUGAUGCUUGGAAGAGCACCCUCGACAGCACAGGAUUCACACCAGAAAAUUAUGCCCGGCUGCGAGGACACUAUUCUUAUAUCCACCUCGUCCAGAGAAAAAUGAACAAGAAAGCACCCUCCAGGCAUGUUGUUGUUGACAUAUCCGACACUCUCUCUGAGAACAGCGUCAACCAGAAACCCAACGCCACCGCUGCCAUCUUUGAGAUUGCAGCAAGGUCGCAAACGAAACCAUGUGGCGUCUGUGCCCAAAACCUCGCCUACAGAAGUGGCAGCCGGACUCUGCUCUACAGGCCGACGAUGCUCUCCAUGCUGGCCAUUGCCGCGGUCUGUGUGUGUGUCGCCCUUCUUUUCAAGAGCUCCCCGCGGGUUCUGUUCGUGUUCCGCCCCUUCAGUUGGGAGAUGUUGGAGUAUGGUUCUAGCUGAGAUCCAUUCUACUAAUUUCAUUUCUACUAAAUGUCUGUGUAUGUGCAUGUGUAUGAGUCUUUGUGUGUGUAUUUAUAAAACUGUAAAGCUGAGGCACCUGAGUAUAACUAUAGUUCAUUAGUUCAGAUUUCACAUUUUACUAGAAAUGACAAUAACUUAAAAUCUUGUACGAGUAUUUGUCGAAUUGUUUCUCCGAUUUUACUAUAAAACCAAUCUGCAAUGUGUGCCA